UUGUUUUCGUUCAUUUUUUUCUCAGUUAUUCUGUCAUUUUAAAUAUAUCUUUUGAAUACGAAAUAUGUACUUUUUAAUCUUAAUGAGUGUUCUAAGUAUGGCAACAAGUCGGCAGGAUCAUCGUGGAAAAAAGUUCAUCAUUGGUUUUCUUGAAAAUAGAAUUUUACAUUAUACUGAUCCAGUAGCAAGAAUUUAUCUUUCUAGCCAAUCUAAUAAUGAUGUUCAAGUUGAAAUAUCUGCUCCUUUUCAAAGGAUUUAUCAAAACGUGACUAUAAAAAGAAAUAGUAUGCAAGUUGUUAAUUUCAAUACGUCAGUUCAUAUUGAAGGUAAUAAUAAACAAAUGAAAGGACUUAUGAUAUCGGCUUCUGAGGAUAUAACCGUUCAAGCUGGCAGUAUUAAUGACCUGUCUAGUGAUGCAUAUUUAGCUUUACCUUUAGAUACUCUGAGCAAAGAAUACUAUAUUAUUACCUACCAGUAUAUUUACGAUAAACACUAUUUAGGGCCAAGACAUAGGCAAGGUCCGUGUCAAAUUGGAAUAAUUGGUACAUAUCCAACAAAAUUAACAAUUGUUCAUCUAUUCUUCCCUGAGAAUUUACCUGAAAUGCCUUCAGUUACACGAAAUUUCUAUUCUGGUCCUCUAAAAAACGUAGCUAAAAUAGAAUUAGCAGAAAUGGAAAUUAUACAAAUACAAAGUCAAUACGAUCUAACAGGCACCAAAAUUGUGUCCACGCAACCUGUGGUUGCUUUAGCCGGAUCCGUUUGGACAUCUAUAGGAGGUUUAGAAAUGGGUGAUCAAUUACUAGAACAGAUGAUACCUUUAGAUAGAUGGGGAACUGAAUUUAUUGCUGUACCAUUUGCUAAUCGUAGUUCUGGAGAUAUUUUUAGGAUAUUGGCGAAGAGUGAUGAAACCCUUUUACGUAUUUAUCGAAAUAGUCGACCGGGUACUCACCAAAUUAAAACUAUAAAUGGAGGCGAUUACUUUGAUUUGGACUUGGAUUCGGAAGAUUUAGGCUAUAUUGUUUCUAGUAAAGGAGUUUUAACAGCCCAUUUUAGUAAAUCAUUUUCGGCUGAUAAUCAUAAAUUAACAGACCCUUCAAUGACCCUUUUACCACCAAGUGUACAAUUUACAUCGAAUAUUUCAUUUGUAACAUUGGCAUCUCUACAUGAUUCUUAUCAAAAUUACGUCAAUAUUAUUGUUCCGUCUGGAAAAGAAGAAUCCCUUAGAUUUGAUGACAAACCCCUUGCCAGUGAACUAAGUUAUUGGAAUAAUGAAGGUUGGAGAACAGUAAAGCAUUCUAAUUAUUCGGUUAUCAGAGUAGAAUUGAGCAGUUUAUCUGUUCGACAUACGUUAACAAUGCUUAAUGAUGAAAAAUUCUUUGCCGUAGCUUAUGGUAUGAGAUUGCAAGAAAUGUAUGCUCAUCCUCUUGGUCUGCAAGUGAACAUUUUACCUUAUCCUUGUACACCAAGUGUUUCUCAUUAUAAUGAUGGUUUUGACAACGAUUGCGAUCAAUUAACAGACGAAGAAAUCAAAAAUGGAAUAGACGAUGACAGUGACGGACUCAUAGAUGAAGAUCUUUUCUAUAACGGAACUAUAGAAAAUCAAUUUACGCAACCAAACAAUCAAAAUGUGACGAUUAAAGCGCAAAUUCACAUCACAACAACGCCAGAAAUUGAGAAACCAACUUCAAAGUCUGCUCCACCACUUGUCACAGUACCUUAUAUUACAGGUAUUUUUGAAAAUCAAACAUUUACGAUUGGCAAUAGAACCGAAAUUAAUGGGACAGUUUUCUUGGGAAUAUGGAUAAAUGGGACUUAUUAUAUUGGAAAGAUUGUAAAUGGCAAAUGGAUUCGUAUUGAUUCUCCAAAUGAAAUUACAACUCAAGUAGCCCAAGAAAUAACCACAAAGCCGCUUACAACAAAAUCAUUGCCAACGUUUCCUUCCACUACUCCAAUGGGGUUCGAUUCGACUACUACUGAUGAUAAAAAUCUAUCUACUGAACCCUCAAACGCUGCUAAUCACAACAACAGUAUAGACGUUACAAAUGGCGGUAUCUUUUUAAAUGGAAGUAAAAUUAAUUUACCAAAUGUUAACCUGACGAAUGGAUUUAACAUUAGUAUUAUCAACGGUACAAUUUAUAUAGGAAUAUGGAUAAACGGAACUUAUGUAGUUGGACGCGUUAUUGAUGGUAAAUGGGUUCCUAUUUUGCCAAAUGGAAAUCGAAUAACUUCUGUUAAGCCUGAAACAACUGCCAACGAUAUAACAACUACUAUCAGGAUUACCACUUUCGUAACAUCGACGAAACUUGUAAAGAACUAUCCCACAACAAACCGACCUUCCACUCAGGGUAUAACAUUUGAUAAAACUACGGUAACAAAUCCCCCUAUAACCAAACUUCAAUCUUCAACUACAACAACUAAAAAAUUUACGUCAUCCAUGUCACCCAUACAAACGUCAUCAUUAGCAGAGUCCCUUACUGGUACUAAUAAGAAUAUAUUAGUAACUACACCUAAACAAAGUUCAACUACAAAUAAGCCGACAACAGAAUCUUUAACUACAAGUAUAGAUGCUACUUCACCAUUCAGUGUCAUCCUUGUCAAUGGUACGUACAUAAAAGAAGUGUGGAUAAAUGGGAGUCUUUAUAUAUAUAAACUAGUAAAUAAUGAAUGGAUUAAGUCAAUCAUGAAAAAAUGGAUAGAUGGAAACUUUUAUCAAUAUGCAUAUAUAAAUGGAAAAUGGAUACUAGUUGUUAUGGAAACUUUUGUAAAUGGGAAACGAAGGCGCUUUGAACUGAUAGAUGGAAAAUUUGUAGAAACGACUCCAGGGAAAGCUGAUAGCACCGCUGAUUACGAGUAUGAAGUCAUAGAUGGUAAACUUGUUCCAAAAAGCAAAGUGGAACGGAUAGAUGGGACAGAAAUUCGCUACGAAUACGUUAAUGGAAAAUGGGUUCCAACGCUUAAGGAAACGUAUAAAGAUGGAAUUUAUUAUAAGUAUAAAUAUAUCAACGGAAAAUGGGUAUUGGUAGCAACCGAAAAGGUUAUGAAUGGAAAAAGAUAUAUAUUAGUUGAUGGAAAAUGGAUAGCUAUGACCAAGGAGGAACUAAUAAAUGGAAUAUAUUACAUAUAUGAACUUAUAAAUGGCGAAUGGGUAAUUGUUUCAAAAGAAAAACUUAUAGAUGGUAUUCGUUAUGUUAUGGUUGACGGACAAUGGAUCAUUAAAGAUAGACAAACAACUACGACUCAGCAGGAAACCACCACUAGAUUACCAGCAAGAACCUCUCUUCUAGCUAUUACAAUAGAGCCAACAAUUUUAUCAACUAUAAUGGGAUAUAAAGCUACCGAUACGAGCUUGUCGUCACCGGCGUCAACGGAAAUGAAACCACUCCAAAAUAAGAAAAUGAAAGGAACGAAUGAAUACGAAGUCUAA